CCUAAAUUCUGAAAUCCCUAGAUCUGAAAAAUUGCCUCUCUUCUCAACCUCUCCAUGGAUCAUUGGGACCUGUACUCUGCCGUGAAAUUCCCCGGUAUUGGUGACACGGACAUGAAAACCCCCGUAUUCUCGGGGAUAACACUUUUCGGUGAUAAUAUUGAGUUAAUGAAAUCCUACAUGAAACCACGACGAUGUUGGGUUAUUGUCGUUGCGGGAUACGACCCAUCGCUUCCUGCGGAUGAAAUCAAGAAGGCGUUAACCGAUCAUUUCCGUUCGUGUGGAGCAAUCCUUAACGUUGAAAUGCCCAGACACCCUGUGGAAAGUUCUGUUAUUAUCGUGGGAGAUGACGCAAAUGAGAAGGCGUUGGAACUUAAUGGAAGUGAAUUGGGUGGACGGAAACUUGUUGUUACUGCUAGGCCUUUUCCUAUGCUGAAAAGAAAGGAUGUUCCUUUUGCUUAAUAAGAUGACGGAGGAGUAGAAGAAAGCUCGCGACGACGAAGCUAAGCAGCUCUGUGGUGUUUUCAGAUCGUGAUACAAUGCAACCUUAACCUUUUACAAAAAAAAUUUAAACUCAUU